AGAGAUUCAUCGCCAAGGAGAAUGCUUCAAUAUCAGCGUCUCUCAGCUUCAGCAAUUGCUUCAGUGGCAAUGGGAAUACCAUCAGAAUUGUUACGAGGCGUUUCCUUUACCUGUUUUCUGUGGGGCCCUUUUCACACCCCCAGCUGCGUAUUUUGAUCUUGCCGGAGGAUUAAAGAAGAGAAACGAAGGAUCAGGAAUAAGCCCCUUAUCUCGCUCACUUUUGCUCGCCCUUAUAAAAUGGGGUUGGCUUGUUCCAAUGGAUUACAAGGCUUCGAGAGAAGGCACGCGUCUUUGUUUUCUUUCAGAGGAUCCCCUGUCAUCCCUCUUUGAACUUCAAUCAAGAAUGGGAAAAGGCACUUUUUGCCUUUGUUUCUUAGUCUUUGGAAUGUGGCGACAUCAGGCGAUGUGGCUUGCUUUACUGUACAUUGUGUACAAUUUGCUUCAGGCGGUUAUGCGGAUUAUUUUUGGUGGAUUUCAUCGACGGCCUGCGGCUUUGGACUCCGCUACUUCCAUUGCUUACCGUCAAUCCGAGGCGGCAGUCGAGACGAUGUUAGAGAAGCGACAGUUCUUUCGCACGCAAUCACUUGCCACGCGCAUACUGCGGACACAGAGCUUUGUGCAAAAUGUUUUGAGCCGAGCGGUGAUGCUAAUGCGUGGCCAUUCUCCCUUCCUUUCGCUCAUCAUUGGCUUGGAGAUCCUUAUGACGUGCCUGCUUUUUCUUAUCUACAAAUACAGCGUAUGUCAUCUUCUUCCCAACACACAUCUUGUGCCAGGGGUUAUGGUUGAGCAUCUCUCGCAGGCGCUGGGGCCGUUUGCAUGGGUAUGGAACUCUGCGGUUGUCCGCUGGUGUGCACCCCUCAUUCUACCGAGUGGUGUUGAUGGAAAAACUUUGGGAUUUUUGUCUAUCCUCUAUGUUUUUUGCUUUCUGCUGCCGUGGUCGCCACUGCGCUGGAUGUGUCGGCGAACGUGGGAACUCUUUUUACACGACGAUGCGUUAGUCCGCCGUCCAUUGCUCUCGUUCUGA